AUGGUAAUUGUGAUUAUUAUUUGUGUUUUGUUAUCGUCUGAAUUCAGUAAUAUUUCCUAUUAUUCAAAUGCUGCUUCACAAAUGAUGGUAGCUGCUUGGUCAAGUAUAACUCGGGCAUAUUCUCCAUUGUUGGUUUUCAUUGAUCCAUUGACACGAACAUUUUUUUUUUUCCUUCUCUUUUCUGCGCUUCUUAAAACUCAGUACAAUCCUUGCAAUUAUGACCCAUGUUCUCCUUCUUCGCAGUCGAUAGGUCUUCUGAUUUAUUCUUUCUUCUACUCGUUCUUUUUCUUCGUCACAGAGGUAUGGUUUAGCGUUAUGCUAUCUCUGUUUUGCAUUGUUAUCAGUUCAAUAAAUGGAGAGUGCGUGUACACGUUGUUCGUAAAGACCGGGUCGAUCAUAAAAGGCGGAACCGAUUCCAACAUAAGCGUGACACUGAGCGAUGCGAUGAACCGGUCUGUGUGGGUCCCAAACCUGAGGUCAUGGGGUGUGAUGGGUGCAGGACACAACUACUUCGAGCGUGCCAACCUCGACGCCUUCAGUGGCCGUGGACCUUGCAUUGACUCCCCCGUUUGCCGUCUCAACCUCACCUCCGACGGCUCAGGCUCUCACCAUGGUUGGUACUGUGACUCCCUCGAGGUUACUUCCACUGGGCCCCACAAGCCCUGCUCUCAGACCAUCUUCUUCGUUGAUCAGUGGCUCGCCAAAGAUGUUGAGCCCCACAGCCUCACCGCCAUCCUCGACGGCUGCCGCCGGGGCCCCGUUACCCCUCACCGGAGGAGCUUCAUUGUCGGGAAUCCCAAAAUAACGUCUCCAUCGGCUUCCGCUUCCGCAUUUUAA